UACACCAGUUUCUUCAAUCCCACUGGUACAAUGGCCAGUUAUCCGUACCAUUCCCCGCCGCCACCACCACCACCUUCAUCGUAUCCUUACUACUCACCACCACCUUCACCACCAUGUAACGAAACUACUACAACACUCCCACCUCCACCUCCACCACCACCAUCACCACCAUGUAACGACACUACUCCAACUAUAUCACCACCUUUGCCGCCACCGUCUCCACCACCACCUCCGUCAUACUACUCCCCACCACUACUUUCACCACCACCACCACCACCAUCACCAUCACCCCCACCACCUCCACCAUCAAUACCACCGCCCAUAUAUCCACCACAUAAACAUCCACCACCGCCAUCUUCACAACCACCACCACCACCACCUUCACACCCACCCCAUAAACAUCCACCACACAAACUGCCGCCACCACCUUCUUCACCACCACCACCGCCAUUAUCACAUCCCACACCUUCACCAUCAUCACCACCACCUAAAACACCUACACUACCGCCACCAUCUCAUCCAUCACCUUCAAUAUCGCCACCAUUACAUCCACCACCUUCACCAUCACCUUUACCACCUACUGUAUGGCCACCUUCACAUCCACCACCUUCAUUGCCGCCGCCAUCUUCAGUGCAGCCACCAAGUCCACCACCUUCACCUUUACCACCCGCACUAACCCCACCUCCAGUGCCACCACCAUCAAGUCCACCACCUCCAGUGCCGCCACCAUCAAGUCCACCACCUCCGGUGCCGCCACCAGCAAGUCCCCCACCUUCAUUGCCACCGCCAUUAAGUCCACCACUUACACCAUUAGCACCUCCUCAUCCCGCUCCUUCAGUUCCACCACCAUCACAUCCACCACCACCUUCUCUGUUGCCGCCAUCAUCCUCACCCAAGUUUCCUCCGAUACUCACCCCAGAGCCACCAAUUUGCCAUUGUGUAUGCCCAGCACCAAGUCCUUAUUAUAAUUCAAUUGCCCCAUCACCGCAAAGUUCACCAUCUCAUAGCCAUCGCACUGUUUAUCUUGCCACUUUUGUCUCUCUUGGUGGAUUGUUCUUUCUUGCAUUCCUUGCAAUUGGUCUCUUUUGCUUUCAUAAGAAGAAGAAAAAGUCAAGGGCAGCAUACGGAGAUCAAGGUGUUUAUCAUGCAGAGGAGCAAGGAGAAGUUCACACCUUUCAGAGCAUCCCCACAGCUAACCAAAGUGUAGCUGUCAAUAUAGAUGAUCAAAAUCCAAAUGUUGAACCGAAAUCUUAUGGUGACGGCGGUGAGGAAGCAGAAGAAAAUGAUCCUGACAAAAGUCCUAGUCGUCGUAAACGUCCUAUUCGUCGUCGUACUAGAGCACAAGGAAAAAGAGACUCCAAUCAUGGUGACAACAUAAUUGCUGCAAUUGGUGCCGGUUCAAAUGAGGAAUUAGACUCCGAAGACGAUGAUGAAGAAUCAGAUCAACCUAAAGAUUCAGAUAAAAGUUCUCGUCGCCGGAAACGUGGUUCUAGUGGUCGCACCCAAAAAAGAGAGCCUAAAACAAAUCGGAACCGUGAUCAUAAUGGUGACCAAAGUGUGUCUGUCACAAUUGAUGAUGAUGAUGAUGAUGAUGAAGAUCCAGCUGUGGAACUGGAAUCGCAAGAAGAUGACAAUAAAUCAAAUGGUUCAGAUAAAGAUUCGCGUCGUCGCGAUAAACGUGAGUCUGGUCGUCGUGGUCGUGCGCAAGGAACCAAAAACAAAGAGCCUUCCACGUCCAACCGUGAUACAGAUGACCGCAAAACUUCAUAAUCUAUGAUCACCUGCUUCCUUCAAAUUCCUGUUGAUCAAGUGUCUUGCUUGGGUAUUGUGAGUUGUGAUUGUACGAGUUUUACUACUUUAACGCAAUUGUUUACCUUGUGUUUUAAUAUUGAACGAAUUGUUGUAUUUCGUUUAUUUAUUCAAUGUGAGUGAAAAUAAGAGCGA